AUGAAUAAGCUCUCUGGUAAUAUUCCGCAAAGUCUCUCGGCAUUGACUUCUCUGAGCCACUUAAAUUUGUCGUAUAAUAAUCUCUCGGGAGUAAUUCCAACAGGAAAUCAGUUGCAGACCCUUGACGAUCCAUCCAUUUACAUCGGCAAUCCAUAUCUCUGCGGGCCACCGAGUACGAGAAAUUGUUCUGCAAAUGAAAUAAAUUAUGAGGAUAAUGAAGGCCCUAAGGAUAAGUUCGAGUGGCUAUGGAUAUACUUUGGUGUUGUACUGGGAUAUCUAUUCGGUUUAGCAGUUUUUUGUGGGGUUUUGUUGCUCAAUAAUGCUUGGAGGAAUGCUUAUUUCUCUGUGAUUGAUAUUGUAUGUGACAAGCUUUGCAUU